AUGCCUCCCAAGAAAGCCGAUCAGCCUAAGAAGAAGAAGGCCACCGUCGAGGACAAGACCUUUGGUAUGAAAAACAAAAAAGGUGGUUCCGCCAAACGACAGAUCGCCCAACUCAAUGCGCAAGCGGCCUCCAACAAGAACGCCGAUGAAAAGAAGAAGGAGGCCGAGAAGCUUCGCCGUGAGGCCGAGAAGAAGGCUGCCGAGCAAGCCAGAAAGGAGGCUGCCGAUCUGUUCAAGCCUGUACAGGUCCAGAAGGUUCCUUUCGGUGUCGAUCCGAAGACGGUUGUUUGCGUUUUCUACAAGCAGGGCAACUGUGAGAAGGGCCGCAAGUGUAAAUUCAGUCACGACUUGAGCCUCGAGCGCAAGGCCGCCAAGAGAGACUUGUACACCGAUUCUCGAGAUGUCAAGUCUGCGGAGGAAGAAGCCAAGAAGAAGGACAACAUGGAGGAUUGGGACGAGGAGAAAUUGCGCAAGGUCGUUAUGAGCAAGCACGGAAACCCCCGGACCACGACAGACAAGGUCUGCAAAUAUUUCAUCGAAGCGGUCGAGAACCAGAAGUAUGGUUGGUUCUGGACCUGCCCCAAUGGAGGCGACAAGUGCAUGUACAAGCACAGCUUGCCACCAGGAUUCGUCCUGAAGACCAAGGAGCAGAAGGCGGCGGAGAAGGCUUUGAUGGACAAGUCGCCGCUUAACACCCUGACACUGGAGGAUUGGUUGGAGUCCGAACGCCACAAGCUCACUGGCGAGUUAACGCCUGUAACGCCCGAGACGUUCGCUAAGUGGAAGAAGGAGCGCUUGGACAAGAAGGCGGCUGAAGAGCAAGCUCAGAAGGCCAAGGAAGCCACUGGACGUACAUUGUUCGAAAGCGGCAACUGGCGCGCUGAUGAUAGUGAGAGUGAGAGUGAGGAUGAGGCCGAUGGAGUGUGGAACUUGGAUGCCCUGCGGCGGGAGACGGAGCGGAUCCGCGAGCAGAAGGAAGAGGAGCGCCUGGCCAAGCUCAACGGUGAACCCGUGCCGGUUUCGAAUGAUGCACAGAUCGCACAAGAAGGUGAGGGUUGA